AUGGGCUCUCGCAUCCUCAUAGUUGGCGCCGGCUCCAUGGGGGUUAUCGUUGGCUACCACCUAAGUCUGGCGGGAUCCAAUGUAACAUUCCUUGCUCGUCCAUAUCAAAUACAGGCAUUAGAGCGUCCGCAGACGUUGUAUUGCUAUGAUGAUAACGAGUUAAAGGAGUUCAACGGUUAUAAUUGGAUCACCGAUCCAACAAGAAUCAUUGGUGCGGAUUACGACUAUAUUUUCGUGACCCUCGACGGCGCGUCCUUACGGAACGAGACCGGCCAGAGACUGGUAAAGACAAUCGGGGAGGCCGCGCGUGGCACGAACACAAAGGUUAUUCUUGGAAGCGUAUUCAUCAAUCUGAGAUCCUGGUUCCUUCAGAUCUCCGGCAUUGGAGACGAGCAGAUAAUUAAUGGCUUUCUCGCUAUCCAUGCCUACUCAACUAAGGCUGUAACCCUACCUACAAAUUCCCCGACAGACCCAGACCUUAUUUCGGAGGCCGAUCUCGCCUACUCAGAUCGUCUUGGCCAAGGUCUCGUCCUGGAUGACAGCUCUCCCGGGGUAGCUAACGGCUUCGCGGAGAUAUACAACGCCAGCGGAGUGUCGAGCUGUGUUAUUCUGCCAGCAGUAGAAUUGGCCCUUCUCAGCAACCCCAUGUUCGCAGUAUUCGCGGCUUGUGAGCUGACAAACUGGCCGAAAUUUCGUGAUAUCAGCAGCGAGGGCGAGCUGUGGAGCCUUACGGUCGCGGCCGUGAAAGAGAUCCAAAGACUCAGCAUUCAUGGGGAACCGGGCCAGCAGGCGGCGAGACAGACAACUGAGGACGAGUUUGCCGCAUCGCUAGCAGCGCGGGAGAAACAGAUGCUCCCGCUCGAUUGGCAGGCAUUUAAUCGCUACCAUCAUGGCGCCAAGGUGAACGCUCAGGACCGCGAGCAUCUACACGCUUGUCAAGAGAUAGGCGAGACUGAUGGUAAGCCGAUGUCUGCGCUCAGGGAAUUGCUUCAGCGCGUCGAGGCUCGCCAAGGUUAA